AUUUCCCAAAUUUUCUUCGUCGAAGUCGACUCUGAAAAAAGAUCGUCAUUUUCAUCUGAUUCGCCCAUCAAUUCAUUUCAACAACCCAGGACUGCAUACAAGUAAUGUUCCACUGCCUUUGAGGACUAUUUUAAUGCUUUGGACUGGUCUCUGUGGAAGAUGUCAGUGUAAUUGUUGUUAGGUGUUUGGUGUGGAACAGGAAUUGGUUUCUGUUGUGAGAUGGUGGUGGCCGCCGCGUCGACGACAUUCCUCCUACAUGUAGCAGUCGACUUGGCUUAAGAGUGAACACGGAUUAUGGAUCAGCAAGACAAUAAUAGCAUGAGCGGAUUUAAAGAGAACAACAUCUACAAGAACCUCUGGAAGCUUUUGGUGUCCCCGAAAGUCUUGACUGGAGUCUUGCAUUCCCAGAACCGAAAUGCUUCCGACUGGGGUUGGCAAGGUUUCUUGGCACAUGCCUGCCACAGUUUUAUAACCAUUAUUGAUCCCCGCACUGUGCAAGUUUUUCAAGUCUUAGAAAAACACAAGAGUAACGUGGUCAAGGUUAAAUGGGCCCGACAGAAUUAUCACCAUGACACUGCCAGCCCCUACACACUGCAACUCGCUUCGGCUGAUGCAUCAGGUACAAUCAUGCUGUGGGAUGUUGUCACUGGUGAAGUUAAAUCAGAGUUUUCAGAUGGGAACAAGACAAUCCAAGAUAUGGAGUGGCUGUCAUGUCAGGACACAAACCACAGCUACUUAGUGGCUCUACACCCUCCUUAUUCUUUGGUGUUGUGGAAUGCAGAGACUGGAAAUAAAAUCUGGAAGAAAUCGUACACAGAAUCGCUCGUCUCAUUUGUCUUUGACCCGUUUGAAAUGAAGAACAUUGCUUUUCUGGGUCAGGAUUGUAUCAUAUUUGUGGAUGACUUCUCUGUGAAUAAACUCCCAUCUAGUAAUGGGAAGAAGUUUUACAUUUCUAGUCCUUCGGCACAAGGUUCAAAUCGAUCGUCAAAUUCUGAAUCUUUGGAUAAAAAGUCGUCCCGGAAUCUUGCGAAAAGGGUCUCUAGGGUCCUUGUUGGUGAGAGCAAAUUAAAGUCAAACUUAAAUGAUGAAGAACCUUUCACUUUGAAUGAAUGUCUGCAAUUAGCUUACCAUAAUUGCUGUCGGCAUCACUUGAUACUCGUUUAUCCUCGAGAAGUUCUCAUACUGGAUCUGAAAAUCAACCAAACUGUUGGAAUUAUACCCAUGGAGAGAACUGGUUCACCUUUUAUGCAGGUGUUGUCCUGUCGACAGAGGGAUGUACUGAUGUGUCUUCAUGAGAAUGGAAGCAUCACCGUACGUGUGCGCCGCAAAACAAACAUAAUCAGUACUCCAGCAUCAGAGGGAACCGGCGCAUUUGAUGAUGGCUUGUUGAAUCCAGCUUUGGAUAUUUCCUAUGACCUACGAUGCCAAUCAGAUCCGUUACGAAUAACUCGACAUAGUAAAGUAUUUGGAGUCUCUCUAUGUGCUGUAUCAGAAAGGUUACUAGCUCUGGUAAUGAGUGAUAGCAGAGUGCUUUUCAUUGAGUUAAAAGCUACAGAAUACAAGGUUGGUUAUAAUUAUCCAAUACAGCUGACUUCUCCUUUGUACACACCUGGCUAUUCUUUGGACCCUCUGGUCAGUUUUACCAACACUGUCUACUGCGAUGGAACAAACCAAUUCCCGAUCACCAGCGAUAUCCCGUAUCCUCGCAAUACACUGUAUGAUUUGAUAGGUCAGCCUCAGUUGAGUGCUGGUGGAAUGUAUGAGUCCAGUUCUCCGUAUCGUGUAUCAAACCAUGGUGUUGCACUCAAGUUCAUGUUAACAGGGCUCCUUAGUGGCGUUGCUUCCCCGGUGUCUGUGAUUAGGAUGUCACCACCACUAACCCAGAAAAAUGCUUCCAUGUACAAACCCCUUCUGGCUGUUGGUAACAAUUCAGGAUCUAUACAGAUUUUUAACCUUUGCAGUGGACAACUGGACAAAGAAUUUUGUGUUCACUCAACCAUUGUCAGAGGGAUUGAAUGGGCUGGUCUACAUUUCUUCAUAUCAUUCGCAUAUCCUGACCCAAGUGCUUCAGGACUUGUAAAGAAUGAAAUUCUGUUGGUUGAUAUCAUUUCAGGGAAUGAAACCCCAAUUCGAAUUCAACGUGAUGAAGAAUCCCCUAUCCAUGCAUUACGUGUGUCACCAAUGAGACAGUAUUUUGUAAUUACAUUUAAAGACAAACCAUUUGAAUUAUGGGACCUCAAGAAUUUAUCUCUGCUACGAGAUGUGAGGAAGAGUUCAGCACGCAUGACAGCUGUGGAAUGGUUUCCUGCCUCUAACAUUCGGACAUUGAAGAGGAAACUCAAUACUGAAUCUAAAGACUCUGAUAGUUCUGUAAACAUCAACACCGAAAGCCUUUCUUCUUCAUCAUUGUCUAAUUUAGAUAAUUCCUCAAAUGAGAACAAGCCAAGCGGUAAAGUAACUGGUAAGGAACAUUUGGUAUUUACAGACCAAGAAAGCACCUUGUACCAUUUUGUUAUUGAAGGAAGCACCAUCACAGAUGUCUCUAAACUUCCUGUGGAGGGGACUUCGGAGUGUGUGGAUGUCUCUCCCAAUUCCUGGGGUAGACAAAAGAGUGGACUUAGUAUAAUUACUUCGUUAGCCUGGAAAAACGAUCAUUUGGCUUUUGGUGAUGUUGAUGGUGUCUUAUCAAUCUGGGACCUCAAAGGAAGAAUAUCAAGAACCAUAUCCACCCACAGAUCAGCCAUUAAAAAGAUACGUUUUGGACCAGGGAAAGCAAAUUUGAAAUUUUUCCUCAAGUAUAACGAUGGCUUAGACAUAUACGAGAUAAAAAGUCAAAAGGAAGAACUGAUCGUUUCUUACAAGUGUUCCAAAGAUGUUCCCAAAAUCAUUGAUGCUGAAUGGGGUCAGUCGGACAAGCCAGUGGUCUUGAUGUCCGAUGGCUGCAUAAGAGUAUUCGACCUUACUAUGAAGAAAGCCUCCUCUCACAUGAUGGACUGGGAUUUAGAAGAGAAAAUAUUUUGUCCUUCAUUUCUACCUUCUCCUGGAUCUUUAUUGAUGAAAACAUUUCUUCAACAUCAACCGUGGAAUGAAAAAUAUACGUUUGAGCUGUCUGGUAUGAGGGAUGAGGAGCAAGAAAUUCAGACUGCUGUCAAUAAACAACUGAAACUUAUUAACAGUGACUUGAUGACUUACCUUCCUUCUUCAAAGUUCGGUGUAGCUCAACGUUGUCUUUUCGUUGCCAAGUUAUUUGGUGAUGAAGCUGAACUUCACUUUUGGACAGUUGCACUCCACUAUAUUAGAUCUGAGAAAAUAUCUCCCAUGAGUAAGAAUGUUAGCCGCAGCAUAUCCGAGGGAAUGAUCGGAGAUCUAUUUGUCCCCUUGGGUCCGAACAACAAAGAGGUCCAUGACUUGGUAGUCUUUGAUAAUCCAAAACAAAACAACAACAACAUUUUGAUUCAGCAAUUCAGGGACGAACCCUUGGAGAAAUGCUAUGAUGUCCUCCAGGACAGCGCUACGUUUCAGAAAUAUCAACUUGAUCGAAUUGCCCUGCAUGAUAGCAAGAGGGCCACCUAUGAAAAUACCAAAAAAUGUGCUGAGAACUACAUGCUGUUAGGACAGACUGACCGGGCUGUCCAGUUGCUAUUGGAAACUGAAGCUGAUAACGAUAACUAUUAUGUGGACAGCCUAAGAGCAUGUCUUGUUGCCAGCAUCCGGUCAUCAGGGGCCAGUCAAAGUACCAUCAAACUGGUGGCCACUAAUUUGAUUGCCAAUGGAAAACUAUCAGAGGGAAUCCAACUGCUGUGUUUAAUAGACAAAGGUCUUGAUGCCUGCCGUUAUUUGCAGACCUAUGGUCACUGGGAUGAAGCAGUGUGGUUAGCCAAGGCAACCCUCAACUAUUGCGAAUACAGUGAAGUUGUGAAGAGGUGGGCCGACCAUUUGUCUCAGCAGGGCCAAAAAAGCAGAGCAAUCCUUGCUAUGCUGUCGCUUGGCCAGUUCCUCCGUGUCUCUGAAAUGUUGUAUGGCAUGAGAUACUUUGACAGGGCAGCCAGGUUUAUAGAGGCAUGUAUGGAAUUUGGUGUCAUUGAGAAAUCAGAAGAGAAUGCACCAUUGAUUGAAGCUAUAUUCCUUGCAUUCAGCCGGUAUCUUAUAAACAUCGGUAUGAAACAAGCGGCUCUGUAUUAUGGUCAAAUGGCUGGAGAAAAAGGAGAACAACUGCUGAAAGAAGUGAACAUAUUAUUCAGUUAAAGGGUCAGGGUUGGGUCGGAACAAUGCAAAGCAAGACUUGACAGAAAUUACUGAGGUUCUUCUGGUCUUACUGAAUGACGCAGGUCCCUGAAAAAGUAAAAAUUGAACCAUCAGGGUUUCCAUUGGAUCUUUAACAAAAAAUAUGCAAACAAUUUCCAUUAUGUUUAGCUAUCAAAGUUUAAUAGUAAUUAAAAUUUUAUAAAUAACCCUUACUCGUUUCCCUGACUCAAAUGAAUGGAAAAAAACAUAAUAAAUAAAUCUAUAAAUUUUUAGAGAAUGAAAGGAAAACAAGGUUGAGUAAUCAGAAGAUAGGAAAGAUGUGGAUGAGGGCCACAGCAGAACAUUCUAAAUCUAAAUGUUAAUUUUUAUUGUGCCGCUUGUUAAUAAGUUUAUUAUAAUUAUAAAGUGUUUUAGCAUCAUGCUCAAAAUGCAAUUUGUUCAGUAAUCUACCUGUGAUCUUCUGUUAUAUAAUAAAAUAUUUUGUACAG